AUGGGGCAGCGCCUGAGCGGCGGCCGGUCCUGCCUCGAUGUCCCCGGCCGGCUCCUGCCGCAGCCGCCGCCGCCCCCGCCGCCGGUGAGGAGGAGGCUCGCGCUGCUGUUCGCCAUGCUCUGCGUCUGGCUCUACUUGCUCGUCUACUCGUGCGCCGGCUCCUGCGCCGCCGCGCCCGGGAUGCUGCUGCUGGGCUCCGGGUCCCGCGCCGCCCAAGCCCCGCCGGCGGACGGGCCGCCCCCGAGGCUGCCGUUCCCGGCGGCGCCAGCCACCCAGUCGGCUGCGGGCGGAGAGGUGGCCGAAGGCGCCACGAGCCAGGAGGAGCAGAGCCCCGAGACGCCGGACUCCCCCAGCCCCAUCUCUAGCUUCUUCAGCGGGUCUGGGAGCAAGCAGCUGCCGCAGGCCAUCAUCAUCGGCGUGAAGAAGGGCGGCACGCGGGCGCUGCUGGAGUUCCUGCGCGUGCACCCCGACGUGCGCGCCGUGGGCGCAGAGCCCCACUUCUUCGACCGCAGCUACGACAAGGGCCUUGCCUGGUACCGGGACCUGAUGCCGAGGACCCUGGAGGGCCAGAUCACCAUGGAGAAGACCCCCAGCUACUUCGUGACGCGCGAGGCGCCCGCGCGCAUCUCGGCCAUGUCCAAGGACACCAGGCUCCUGGUGGUGGUCCGGGACCCGGUGACGCGGGCCGUGUCGGACUACACGCAGACGCUCUCCAAGCGGCCCGACAUCCCCAGCUUCGAGAGCCUGGCCUUCCGGAACCGCUCGGCGGGCCUGGUGGACCGCUCGUGGAGCGCCAUCCAGAUCGGCCUGUACGCCGAGCACCUGGAGCGCUGGCUGCGCCACUUCCCCGCCCGCCAGAUGCUCUUCGUGAGCGGCGAGCGCCUGGUGCGCGACCCGGCCGGCGAGCUGGGCCGCGUGCAGGACUUCCUGGGCCUCAAGCGCAUCAUCUCGGACAAGCACUUCUACUUCAACCAGACCAAGGGCUUCCCCUGCCUCAAGAAGGCGGAGGGCAGCGGCCGCCCCCACUGCCUGGGCAAGACCAAGGGCAGACCCCACCCCGAGAUCGACGCGCAGGUGCUGCGGCAGCUGCGGGAUUUCUACCGGCCCUUCAACCGCAAGUUCUACCAGAUGACGGGCCACGACUUCGGCUGGGACUGA